AUUUUUAGUAUCUACUUUGACUUAUUGUGACUGCAGCAGUGUUCUCACACAAGUCUAUCUUGUAUGGAAAAUUCUCCCUAACUUUUUUAGUAAACUCAAAGAACAAAACAAUUUCAUUCUACAACUUCAAUCAUCACUUGGUAUCUUUCUCUGUAAGUUGACAAGGUAAGUGCUUCUUAUUCAGUUUCAACCUACAAACAACCUUGUCUCACUCUCAAUGACUAGAACUAGUUAUAGCAGUAGAAUUAUUACACUCUUGUUGGUUAUUUCCUUUUUGCACGGUGUUUCUGCUGUUAACUCUGAUGGGUUGACUCUGUUGUCACUCUUGACACACUGGACUUUUGUUCCUCCUCUUAUCAACUCUAGUUGGAAGGCUUCUGAUUCCAAUACAUGCUCAUGGGUUGGUGUUCAAUGUGACCAUACCAAUAAUUUGAUUUCCCUUAACCUUACUGGUCAUGGGAUUUCUGGUCAACUUGGACCAGAAAUUGGAAACCUUUAUCACUUGCAGACCCUUGUGUUGUUGGGUAAUGGUUUCUCAGGAAAAGUUCCUUUAGAGUUAAGUAACUGCAGUUUACUUCAGGUUUUAGACCUUGAAGGUAAUAGAUUCAGUGGAAAUAUACCAUAUAGUUUUAAAAACUUGCAAAAUUUACAGUUCAUGAGAUUGUCUUCCAAUAUGCUGAGUGGCGAGAUUCCAGAUUCUUUGUUUGAAAUUCCUUCCCUAAAUGAAGUGAGCCUACACAGUAAUCUUCUUAGUGGCCCUAUUCCAACAAAUAUUGGAAACAUGACUCAACUAUUAAGGCUGUACCUAUAUGGUAAUCAGUUAUCAGGGACUAUUCCUUCAUCUCUUGGUAAUUGCAGUAAAUUAGAGGACCUUGAAUUGUCUUUCAAUCGAUUGAGAGGGGAAAUUCCGGUAAGUUUUUGGAGAAUUCAAAGUCUUGUGCACAUCUUGGUUCACAACAACAGCCUCUCUGGGGAGCUACCUUUCGAGAUAACAAACCUCAAGUAUCUAAAAAAUAUUUCAUUGUUUAAUAAUCAGUUCUCAGGAGUCAUACCUCAAAGUUUAGGAAUCAACAGCAGCAUAGUGAAGUUGGACUGUAUGAAUAACAAGUUCAUCGGUAAUAUCCCACCAAAUCUUUGCUUUGGAAAGCAUUUGUUAGAGCUCAACAUGGGAAUCAAUCAACUUCAAGGUCGCAUACCUUCUGAUGUAGGAAGAUGUGCAACUCUGGCGAGGUUGUUUCUCAAUGAUAAUAAUUUCACCGGCUCUCUUCCUAAAUUUGAAAGUAAUCUAAACUUGAAAUACAUGGACAUGAGCAAGAACAAUAUCAGUGGACCAAUUCCAACAAGUUUGGAAAAUUGCACAAAUCUCACAUACAUUAAUUUAUCAAGGAACAAAUUUGAAGGGCUAAUACCGUCAAAGCUGGGAAGCCUUGUGAAUCUUGUGAUUUUGGAUCUUUCUCACAAUAACUUGCAAGGUUCUUUACCACUUUGGUUGUCAAAUUGUACUAAAAUGGAUCGUUUUGAUGUGGGAUUCAAUUUCCUAAAUGGAUCACUCCCAUCAAGUUUGAGAAGUUGGAAAAACAUAACUACCUUGGUAUUCAGAGAAAAUCACUUCACUGGAGGUAUUCCGGGGUUUUUGGCAGAACUCAGCAACCUUCGCGAGUUACAACUUGGUGGAAAUUUGUUUGGAGGCCAAAUUCCUCGAUCGAUGGGAAAAUUGCAUAAUUUGUUCUAUGGAUUGAACUUGAGUGCUAAUGGAUUGACUGGUGGCAUUCCUUCAGAAAUUGGUAGCCUAGGACUACUGCAAAGUCUGGAUAUAUCCUUGAACCAUUUAACAGGAAGCAUUGAUGCCCUUGGAGGUCUUGUUUCUUUAAUUGAGGUCAAUAUUUCUUACAAUCUCUUCAAUGGUUCUGUACCAAAAUUUCUAAUGAAGUUAUUGUAUUCCUCGCCAUCAUCAUUCAUGGGUAAUCCUCUCCUAUGUGUCAGUUGUUUGAUGAGUUGCAUUAAAACUAGUUAUAUAAAUCCAUGUGUUUAUACUGAUCACAAAGGUAUAAGUAAUGUUCAAAUUGUGAUGAUAGAACUUGGAUCCUCAAUAUUGAUUUCUGCUAUUCUGGUAAUCAUAAUUCGAAGGUGUUUCCAUAGAAAGGAAUCAGAUACGAAAGAUCUAAACCACUGGUAUUAUUAUGAUAGAGGAGCAGGAAGGAUUGGAGUCAGAUAUGCUCACGAAUCGUACAUCUUAGGUGAAGAGAAUCCAACCGCCCUUCCGAAUCUAGUGUUGCAAGCUACAGAGAACCUAAGUGAUCGGUAUAUUAUUGGCAGAGGAGCACAUGGUAUUGUGUACAAAGCAUUACUUGGACAACAUGUUUUUGCUGUGAAAAAGUUUGAAUUCACAAGCAGAAGGGAAAAGCAACUGCGUAUGAUGCGCAAAGAAAUUGAAGUGCUUGGAAUGUAUAAGCAUCGAAACAUAAUCAAAUACGCAGACUAUUGGAUUGGCGCUUCCUACGGUUUAGUCUUAUAUGAAUUCAUGGAAAAUGGAAGCCUUCAUGAUAUUUUGCAUGAAACGAAUCCCCCACCACCCUUAACGUGGAAAGCUAGGUUUAACAUAGCAGUUGGAAUUGCCGAAGGACUGGCAUAUCUGCAUAAUAAUUGUGACCCACCCAUAGUGCACCGAGACAUUAAAUCAAAAAAUAUUCUUAUUAAUGACAAUAUGGAUGCAAUUAUAGCUGAUUUUGGUACUGCCCUAUACAGGAAGUUGUCUGAAGAUUCUUAUAGUCAUUCAGAAACCAGGAAAAUGCUUUCGACAAUCGUUGUUGGUACCCCUGGCUAUAUUGCACCAGAGAAUGCAUAUGUAAUAGUGCAGAGUAGAAAGUCUGAUGUAUAUAGCUACGGCGUUGUUUUGCUCGAGAUAAUAACCAGAAAGAAAGUGGUAGUUCCCUGUUUGAAUGAUGAGACAAAUGUGACCUCUUUAGUGAGCUGGGCUAGAUCUUUAUGGCUGGAAACAGGCAAAAUUGAGUACAUUGCUGAUUCAUAUCUUGCAGAAGCAUUUCCCAAUUCAGAGGCACUGACCAAGCAAGUCACAACAAUGUUUUUAUUGGCAUUGCAAUGCACAGAUAAGGAUCUAAGAAAGAGACCAAUCAUGAAAGAUGUUAUUGGCUUGUUUAAAAAGGAUAUGUUUAAGUGCUGCGAUGAGGAGGAAUAUGGCAGUGCGGCUGCAGCUGAUACAUCACUACAACCAACGGUAUCCCACCUAAGAUCGUUUGUGUAUAUUGAAAGCGAAUAUCGUGAGUGGGUAGCACAGAUCGUAAACUACUGCCAAAUAGAGCUGUCAAAACGGGCGGCCCGGCCAAUUUCGGGCCGGCCCGGUCGGGCUUCGGGCUUCGUUGGGCCGGGCUAAAAAACCCGGAUAAAAAACGGGCUACCAAAAUUAGUGCCCGAGCCCGGCCCGGUACGGGUAGUCGGGCUUUCGGGCGGCCCGAUUUUUUUUUUUUUUUUUACUUUUAGUGCUCAAACUCAAUUAUAUAAAUAGCAUUAAUAAUUCUCGCGCGUCAUAUUUUUUACUCAUCCACUAUAAAUAUUAUAUAAUUCGCGCGCGCCGUAUUUUUACUCAUCCCCUAUCUACGAGUUUCUCGCA